UAAAUUCGAACACAAUCCCAAUUCUUCCCAAUCACAAUUUUAACCAAAAAAACAAAAAAAGAGGUUAAAAAACGUAUCCCUCUCGAUCCUCACUUUCCUUCUGGAGAGAAACUCAAAUCCGCGUGUUGUUUGGAUACACGCUUGAAGUUUUGCUGUUGUAUUGGUCCGCUUGUACUGGUUGAUAUUCUUUUUUUGUACACAUGCAGAUUUCAAUUUGAUGCAGUUGAAGUUAGGUUUUCAGAUUUUGAUAAGUUUUUUUGUAAUAGACACUUGAUUUGAAUCGUGAUUGCUUGUGAGCAGUGAAUUAAUUUUGAAUUUUGUAAAUUUCGUUUUGGACCUGUUUAAUUUAUAACGUAAGCGAUGAGCGAUUGGAACGUAGGAUUAGGGUUUUUGUGAUUUGUAAUAGAAAUGGAGAGUACACGCAGACCAUUUAAUAGAUCUCUUUCGAAAGAACCAGGACUGAAGAAACCUAGGCUCACCGAGGACCAUGCAGCUGCCGAUCGCAGCUCCAAUGUCCGUACCGGAUUCGUUCAACGACCCGCGCUUCCAAACUCGGGCCUUGCGAGGGUCCAGCGGGACCGAGAUUCGGAGAGCAGUGGUGCUGUGCGUGGCCUCUACCAACAGCAACCAGGCCACCAGCUGCAUCAGGAGCUCGUUAAUCAGUACAAGACCGCAUUGUCUGAGCUGACUUUCAACUCAAAACCCAUAAUAACAAACUUGACGAUCAUUGCGGGUGAAAAUUCGCACGCGGCCAAGGCCAUUGCAGCAACUGUCUGCGCCAAUAUUCUUGAGGUCCCAAGAGAGCAAAAACUGCCAUCCCUAUAUUUACUAGACAGUAUUGUGAAGAACAUUGGGAGGGAUUAUAUCAAAUACUUUGCUUCCAGAUUACCUGAGGUUUUCUGUAAGGCAUACAGACAAGUUGAUCCUCCAAUACAUCAAGGUAUGCGCCACCUCUUUGGCACCUGGAAAGGAGUCUUCCCCCCACAAACACUUCAGAUGAUUGAGAAGGAGCUGGGAUUUACUACUACUGCCAAUGGUUCAUCUUCAGGAACAACAACAUCUAGGCCAGACUCACAGGCCCAACGUUCUGCACACAGCAUUCACGUAAACCCCAAGUAUCUAGAGGCAAGGCAGCGGCUGCAGCCCACUAGAGCAAAAGGAUCUGGCAGUGACAUUAGUGGAACUUUGGUGAGCUCACCUGAUGAUGUUGAACCACCAGCGAGAAUUACCACCAUUAGUUCGAAGAGAUCAUGGGCUGAUCCUUAUACUAAGUCUAUUCAGCAUCAUCAGAAAGAUAAAGUAAAUGAACCUGUUCGUGACAAAAGUUCAACUAUACGUUUUCCGGAUUCUAAAUAUGGUUCCAGCAUAUCAGGGCAUGAGAGCUUGGGAACUGAAAGAGUGAGUGAAAAAUUUAAAGAACCAGGACUUGAUAGGCCCUGGUAUGAAUCUGCCACUGAUGUAACUGGGAAAGUAUCCAAUCAAAGUAAUGGUUUUCACAUGGAACAUGAGUUUGAAAGCUAUCCUGCCCAUCAGUCUGCUAACUCUGACUCUCACCUUCUGCUCAAGCAAAACUUCGCCAGUAGGAAAUUGAAUGGAGUCAGUAGGAGCUGGAAGAACUCUGAGGAAGAGGAGUAUGUGUGGGAUGAGAUGAAUACUAGACCCACUGAUCUCAGUGCAGCUAAUACUUCAGCUAAAGAUAAUUGGACACCUGAUGACACUGAAAAAUUGGACUUUGGUGGUCAUAUUCGAAGGCCUCAAAGUAUACACGACAUUGGGCCAAGGGUUGAUGAUGAAAUAUCAACUGAUUCUCUAUCCACUGAAAUAGGCCAUGUUGCAUCUGGGGCUCAAGUACCAUUGUCUUGGUCAGAAGAGCUGCAUAUACCAGAAGGAAAUGUACUUUUAGGGCCUGGUAAAAACAUAUCAGGUUAUAGUGAGGGGUACUCAACUCAAAUGAAAAGUUCGGCGAACACAGUUGGCAGGACCCCGUACCAACCACAGGUUGGCCCUGAUCCUACUGGAGGCCUGGAUUUUAAUUUUUCAACAAAUGUGAUGCCAGGGCCCAAAGUUUCUAUGAUGCAACAGGAACAUACUCUUGGAACUGCAUCAUUGAUGAAAUCCACAAGGCAUCAACGUCCUCCUUCACCCUCUGUGUCAGCACACAAUCCUAAUCGGUUACACAGCAGUCUUGCUGAGCGCAAUCAAGGCUCCACGGGACCUCCUACAGAUCCAAGAAGGCCCCCAGGACAGAGAAAUACGGGGUCGCUCGACCAAUCGCACCAUCGGGAUGUUUACCAGUCUAGCACACAGAGGUUUCAGCCGCAUAGUAUACAGACUUCACCUGCUGCAAUGCCUCCUCUUCAGCAGAGGAAAUAUGUCCCCUCAACUCAACAGAGAAAGCUUGAAGUAUCUGAGUUUGGAUCUUCUGGUAAUGGACAGAACUUGUUGUCUAUUCAAAUUUCAGGCUCUGAAAGUCACUCAACUAUUGGGAACUCAUCAUCUGACCUAUCAAAUCCUCUUACUGUUGACUCCCCUGGACAAUCAAUCAAUAGCAGCUUGUUAACUGGUGUAACAAAAACUGGAAUGAUUGGUAGUACUUCUCUCAUGGAUAGCUCAACCAAACUGGAUUCUGAGGAGGUUGAGCUUGUGUCAUCUCCAGGCAUGCAACCAUCUCUUCAAAGUGACUCUCAUCCUGCUAGUUUUUUGUCUUCUCCACCCUUGCAUGAAAACAUACCGCUUCCGGGGUUUUCUAAAGAAAAGUCAGAACAGCCACCCGUUCCAUCUGCCCCCCAUCCAUCAUCUUUAGGGUCAGAACAGAUACCAAGUACAGCUAAUCCCACCUCUAAUCCAGUUUCUAGCCUAUUAAGUUCAUUGGUGGCGAAAGGCUUGAUAUCUGCUUCCAAGUCAGACUCACUUUCAUCUGCCUCAACCCAGAAACCAGAUCAAUCUCUUAACUAUGGUCCUGGGGUUUCAAGCACUAGUUCAACUCCAGAUUCUUCUGUACCAUUGACCAUGAGAAAACCUCUGUUAUCCAUCACAGAUCAACCAUCAUCAUCCAGACCUGUUGCUGAGAUCUCUGAUGGUUUGCGACGGCCAAAGACAAAUAUAAAAGAUACUAUUGGUUUUGAAUUCAGGCCAGAUGUAGUCCGUAAUUUGCAUCCAGAUGUAAUCACUGAUCUUGUUUCUGAUCUCCCAUAUCAGUGUAGGAUCUGUGGUCUUCGACUCAAGCUUCAAGAACCACUUGAUAGACACAUGGAAUGGCAUGCAUUAAGGGCUCCUGACCAGAAUCCUUUGAACAAGAACUCAAGGAGGUGGUAUACCAGCUCAGUUGAUUGGGUUGCUGGAGUUGGUUACAUUCUGGCUGCAGACAGUCCGUCAGACCUGUCAGGAGAAUCAGGUGCAGCACUGACCAGUAGUGAGCAGAUGGUUCCUGCAGAUGAAAGCCAGUGUGCCUGCAUCCUGUGUGGCGAGUUGUUUGAAGACUGCUACAGUCAAGAAACAAAAGAAUGGAUGUUCAAAAAAGCUGUUUACUUGAAUAUCCAAUCAUCAGAAUCACAGGAAACGAUCGGAACUGCAAGUGAUACUGCUAGUCCGAGGCCAAUAGUCCAUAUUAACUGCAUGUCAGAAGAUAUUCUUCAGGACUUGGGACUAGCUUGUGAUGUUGAACUGGAAAAGGAUGCUGCGUAAUGUUCAGUUGGGAACCAAUUUUGACCAAAGGUUUGCGGUGUUGAAGCUUGCAGAAGAUCUGUAUUAUACUUUCAGUGCCUACAGUUUAUCAUCCUUGGCUGUGCUAAUACGUUGUGCAUGGCAGAAAAGUGAAGAAAAUGUUUGCAUGUUCAUCAUUCAGCUCAUACAUUGAGCAUCAGUUACAUCAUUUUCUUUUCUGCAUGCCCAAAAACUGUUCUCUUUCUCAGAGGAACUGAAGCAAAGUUGGAGUUCCGUUCACCGUACUGAAGCUGGAGUGAUCCAUGCGAAGCAAGCAUUAUGACCUUGCUUAUGGGUAUGAGCCCUGUAAAGUGUUGCCUAUAGUUUCUUUCUCAACCUUUUCAGGGUUAUUUUCUGUAUUUCAAAGUAAAAAGAAAUAUAUGUGGGUGAUGGUUCUCAAAUGUCCAUUUCUGGUUUUCUUAUCAGUUGUUUUUAGUGUCUUGCUCCCGGUGAAGCAAAUUUCCUCUGAUUCCAGCCUCAUCCUAACUAUAUUCUGAAAGAAGUCCCUUAGCUGCAUAGAUUGCAAGUUUUGAUGUCUAAAAAUGGUAAGGCAGGACUUGCAGACUGCUCAGGAUCACCUUAUUUCAUGUUUUUUAUCCUCCUCAUCAUCUAGGUUUUAAAUAGUUUGCUGAAGCAGUCUGGCAAGAACAGUCAAUAAUUUAUGUUACUUUAGUUUUUGGUAUGGUAAGCCUCAAUGUUGACGUUAAAUGGCAAUGCUAGUCUUUGCAAUGAUUUUUUGGCCGAACGGAAGUUGGGAUAAGAUUUUAUUGUUGCUCUAAAGUUUCCUGGAAUUAUCAAUUAUGGGAUGUCUACUUUUUUAUCUUCUCAA